UUCUCGCCUGCGGCUGAAAUUUUGGACGGCGCGUCGCUGCUGGAGGCAAUGUGGAUAUAGUAUUCAGGUUUUCAUUUUACGGAGAGAAGCGUGCAUAAAUAGUUACGUGGACAGGCGGACCGUGUAGAUACCGCUUUUGUCUUUUUUUCCUCUUUUCUUUCUUUCCCCGGUUCUGUGAGUGGGUUCCCUCGAGCGCUUUACAUGCGGACUGUCAUUCAGAAAUACUACAGUCUCACGUGUUUGACCUUACCCCACAUAUUUUAUUUCGCUCUUUUAGUCACAGCGUAGUUGCAACACUUUGUUAGAGUCGACUUCGUUUCGGUGACAGACGCGUCUCUGUACGUGAGUGAAUUAUUUUGGGUUUGAAUCACGGGUUAAGUUAUCGCAAUCAUAAACGCGCUGGAGAGGAGGUGGAGGAGUCUUAAAGGCAUGGUAUACGUGCAGGUCAUCAGAGGGUGACAGACUGUGGGGACCUCAUCACUUCUUACAAUAAAAGAGGCUGAGACUUCUUCUUCCUGAAAAUUAAACCUAAAUGGAGCUUCUCUGGGUCUCUCUGCUGCUGGAGGUGGUGCUGAUGUCCACUGCUGCCAGAGGUCCCCCCAGGGUGUCGGAGCCGGUGGCCCACCGACAGAGCAUCCGUCUGGGUCGCACCAUGAAGCUGCCCUGCCCCGUGGAGGGCGACCCCCCGCCGCUCAUCAUGUGGACCAAAGACGGCCGCAACAUCCACAGCGGUUGGACGCGCUUCCGGGUGCUGCAGCACGGGCUGCGCAUCAAAGAGGUGGAGACCGAGGACGCGGGGACGUACAUCUGUAAGGCGACCAACGGGUUCGGCAGCGUGAACAUCAACUACACGCUCAUCGUUAUCGAUGACUCCAGUUUAAGAGGUGGAGCCGGGACGGCCAAUGGAGACUCUGAACACGGCCCGGAGCUGGCCGGAAAACUGGUGCGUCCACGUUUCACUCAGCCGUCAAAGAUGAGGAAGCGCGUCAUCGCUCGCCCAGUGGGCAGCUCAGUGCGUCUGAAGUGUAUGGCGAGCGGGAACCCUCGACCCGACAUCGUCUGGCUGAAGGACAGCCGGCCGCUGGUGGACGAGGACGCUGGAGCGGGAAGAGAAGGGGAAGGGAAGAAGAAGAAGUGGACCCUGAGUCUGAAGAACCUGAUGCCGAAGCACAGCGGGAAGUACACCUGCCACGUGUCCAACAGAGCAGGAGAGAUCAACGCCACCUACAAAGUGGAAGUCAUACAGCGUACCAACUCUAAACCCAUUCUGACUGGCACUCACCCUGUGAACACCACGGUGGACUACGGAGGAACCACGUCUUUCCAGUGUAAAGUCCGCAGUGACGUCAAGCCGGUUAUUCAGUGGCUGAAAAGAGUCGAACCUGGUGACGAGAACAAGUUUAACUCCACCAUAGAGGUUGGAGACCAUCGCUUUGUGGUCCUGCCUACAGGGGAGGUGUGGUCUCGUCCUGACGGAUCCUACCUCAACAAGCUGCUGAUAACCAGAGCCAAGGAGGAGGAUGCCGGCAUGUACAUCUGCCUGGGAGCCAAUACUAUGGGCUACAGCUUCAGGAGCGCCUACCUGACUGUGCUACCAGAUCUGAAGCCCCAAAUCAACGCUGUCCCCACGCCAACGUCCCCGAGCCUCCCCUGGCCCGUCAUUAUUGGGAUACCCGCAGUUAUCGCCUUCAUCUUAGGCACCGUCCUCCUCUGGUUCUGCCAAUCAAAACGCAACUGCUCCUCCUCCUCUUCGUCCUCCUCCGCUCUUCCCGCUGCGCAGCGUCUGCCCGCGGCCAAUCGCGACCGAGUCGGCCCGACGCUGCCUCCUCAGCCGGCCAACGGGGAUAAAGAUUGUCUCUCAUACGAGGACUACGUCGCCCAUCAGCAGCUGCUCCUGGCUCAGGGAGGCGCUGCGUUGGCUCCCAAGGUCUACCCGAAGAUCUACACGGACAUACACACGCACACGCAUUCGCACGUGGACGGGAAAGUGCACCAGCACCAGCACAUUCACUACCAGUGUUAGCGCGCCUUGGUGCAUGCAGACUCAUUCACAACAGUCCAUACAAGCUGCUGACAAACGCGAGAGACCGCGCGGAUUCAUAUCCAGAAACACGGGGUCACCCAACUCUUCCUCAUUCUGCCGCAGCCUCGUUAUUGUGUGAACACAGACUUAUUCAAUGAAGAAUGUAAAGAAAGAAGACAAAGAUUCUUAUUUUUAGGCAAAUCUGGAAGCCGAUCCAGUGAAAUCUAUGAGAGAAAAACCCCAAAACAUGUUUUAUUCAAAGCUUUUUUGGAAGACAAAAUCUUUUCUGUCCUUUUUUUUUUUUGCUCAAACUCUUCUUUUAGUACUUUGGACACAACCACAACCUCCUCAGUAACAGUACAAAUAGCCUUCGCUACAAAGGCUCCAACUAUAGCUACUCAUGUAUAUAGUGGAAUACGAUUAUAUGGCAUUCAGCACGCUACUUCAUCCUGGGUGAUCUAUUAAGAGAAAUAUAGCAUGUAUGUAUGUAAUGUAAUAGCUUCAGUUCAGAGUAUAUCUCAGGCAUCAGCCCAACUGAGCCAUAAAAAAACCACAAAUCAAGGCAAACAGUAUCCACACACCCUCUGCAAAGGAUGAAGGCUGCUGGCUGUUUGCUUCUGCCGGGCCGCCAGCCGUUCUGAUAAAUGUCCAGCUGCUAUCUGGGUACUGUGUGAUGUCAUACUGGGCUACUGAGUUCAGACUGCAAGGAUCUCUCUCCGUAGAUUGAUUAGUGAAGCAGCUACGGUGCGAUUUCUGCUACAAACGAGGAGAUCCUCCAGACCGAGUACAGCUUGUGCCCUUUUUUACUUCCUGGAGAAAAAGGUGUCAUUUCCUGUUUCACGUUCUCGCCUUUUCGACUUUGUUUGAUGCUCGCUGACUUAAGAAGAGAGAGACGGAGGAUGUCAGUUCUCCUCCAUGUCAUACGUUCAACCUCUUAAGCAAACAGCGCAAAGGGAUCAUCAACAAUGCCUCGGUGUAAAGCGGUGCCUUCUAAGAAUUGUUUCCAGAUUCCAUGAAUCACUGUCGGAUCAUUGGAUAUGUCACAGAUACUUGUUAAUCUCUUGUGAGAUUUAGAGGACAUAAAAGAGAGGAAUUUCAUCUUAAACUCUUUGACUUUAAGUCCUCAAGUCUUCUUCCGAAAGCGCUGCACGAUACGACCUAAGGCUCUGUUCUCCACACACGGUUUGGUACGAAGCAGAGGGACUCAUCUGCUGUCUGGAGCUUUUACCUAAAGAGGUAAAGGUUUGGAUUAAGGGCUGCCUUCUCACCUGCAGAGCUUUCUGUCAGCCGGAUCAGGAAACUGGAAGAUGCUGCAUCAAAACAUUUUAGAUGCUGAAAAGGUAAAAGCUUUAAACUGACACAGAUAUCGGUAUCACAAACAUUUAGAGACGUAUAUUCUACAAAAAGUGAUGUUAAUUACUACACCAGUACCUGCUGACCAGCUACAAGUACAUCAACUGUUCUCAGUGCUGUAUAAUGACAAAAGAUUAGAAUAAUCACUUGAUAUAUACAAAGAUAUGUCCGGGUUAUUUAAAUCUGAAUGUUUUAAUUCACUCAUCGGCAGAUUUCCUACUAAUUCUAUUGACAACCUAAAGAGAUGUUUUAAAUAAUGAGAUGGAUUUUAAGCAUGUUCGCUGUAUGUGAUUACAGUUUGGUCUCAUGUUAAUGCCAUUUCAAAGCCCUCACAUGUGUUUUCGAUUCAUAUUUCCUUUACUCUCACUAGUUUUGUUGCAUCUAUUAGAAUGGGGCAACUGAAACGUUCACAGUUCUUAUUAAAUCAUUGGGUUUGGUCGACUUCCCAGCAUCGCUCCUCCUGGCUUCAUCCUGAGCAGAGGUCCAAUCAGCCAGAUUAAGUGAAAACACCUGUGUGGGUGUUCAGAGCCUUUGAUUUGUAAACAGGGAGGUCACCUGCAGCUGUUAUGAGUGAAGCAAUUAGUAGACUGUAUAAAUGAUCCUGGAGAAAGCCGGUUUCAAAGCCAACAUAAGCGCCAGCUGGAGAGAGUGGAUAUGAAGUUAUGGUCAGCGGUGCUAGGUGGUUAUAAGACCCACAACCAAAAGGUAUGAGGGAUCCACAAAACCUCAAAGAUCAUGAUGAUCAAGUUUUUAGCCUUUAAAAUGUGUUUCCACUCGCACUAAAAUCUAAAGAUUACUUAUAAAAAUGCAACAACUAAAGCAUCAAAUCAUCUGCAAAACUGGUGAAAUAGAGUAUAUUGUUUUUUAUAGUGUCAUAGUCUGCUGGGUUUUGGAGACAUACUGAUUCCCACCUUCUCUUGUUACCUGGUUUGUUCAUGUAUUUGAAUGAUCCGUUAGUAGUUCUGUCGUUGAAUCACUGCGGUUUCACUUCUCCUGGUAGACGAAUCAAACCUAAUUGGAAAUCUGCCCCAACAAACUGUUUCAGUUGAAAGCCAGUCACAACUGACCUUCUCUCAGGCGUCCAUCUUGUUCUUCCUUUGUGCGCAUGAAUCGAACCACUAUAUAGAAACGAAAGAUCAGCUGUUUAACAUUACAGCACUCUCACGCCAUGUGACGUAACAUAAUGGUUGAAACAGUGGGGCGACUCCCUCCAGAGAUAUAUAAAACAUAAAAAGAUCGCAAAUAUGAAAGAAACCGUUGGCUCGUCAAGCCGUCGAUUGCACAAGUGUUUCUCUAUGCAGACCUUCGACGGGACGAAACACAACAGUGAGAACUUUACAAGUGUGUGUUUUAACAAGCAUGUGACAGGAAGUGAUAUAUUGAAAUCACCUGGUAACUUAAGUUGCACAUGUGGUCGUUCUUAAGCAUGGGUUGUUGCUCAUAAAUGUUUAAACUCAAGUAGGAAAAUGCACGGGAAUAUACAUAUGGAUACUUCCUCUAUGCACAACUACUAUUCAAGCCUUCCCAAACUUUCUGUCAUUGCAUAUUUUGCAUCAUUUUUAUUUUGUUUCAAACCCGUCAAGUUCUUUGUAUUAUUUCACUUUCUGAAUGAGGAGACUUUUAAUAAGGUGCAGCCUAUAAAACAUGCCCCCUUCAGAUCAGAUGAGCCACACACACACACACACUCACACACACACACAGAGACAUAUUCAACUAACAUGUGCAUCUCAAACCCACAACAACAGCCUGUGACCUUGUUCUUUCCUGUACAACAAUUCAAAUACAUACAGUAUAAAAAUACAUCAGAUCACAAAGAAUAACAUAUAUCAAAAAUGAUUUCCUCGCCAGAAACGAUAUGAAUAUAGGUCUUGAAAUGUGGCAUUAGUAGCUUUCCCUCUGACAUGUUUUUCUUGUCCUCCCAUCUUUUCUGUUUUGAAACAUCUGUCGAAGUCGCCCUGAACAGCUGGAGUGUGUCCUAUUGUUUUUCAUUUUUGCUUCUAAUGUUGGAGUUGUGGAAAAGUUUCCGAGCAGUUACACUUUCCUCAACCAGCGCUGUGUUUUUCUGUGAAAACUGUCGUUGCCUUUCAGUUCUCUUUUUUUCACCUGUUUUACAAGUGGAACCCAGCGUAGUUUUAUUGUGUCAAAGCUAAUCGACUGCCAGUAGACUGUGUAUCACCACUAGCAUGUGCAUGGAACCACAUUAGUGUUGAAAAUAUAGUCAGCGUUAGAUCAUUUAGACUGUUUAGGUCCAAACAGUAGCUCGAGCAACACAUUGGCCCUCUAAACAUUAUCAAUACUAAAUUGUCUCAAGAUUCAAAAAAUAAAUUGUGUUUCUAAUUUAUUUUCUUUUAAACGUGAUUUAUUUUCAUAUAAUUGGGCAUUAUACUGCAUGAGUGGAUUUUGUGUUAUAUAAGUAAUAAGCUAUGUAGCAAAUACCAUGUUCAUGUCAUUGUAAGAUACUGUAUUUAUACGUACGGACGGAAUAUACGAAAUUUUAUCGAUAAUCUUUGUAUCGACAAUCUUGUACAGUCUAUUGUCAUUUAGGUUAAAAAUGUUGUUUUUCCCAUUGUAAUCAUUUUAUUGGUGCCAUUAAAAAAGUUAAAUCUA